AUGAUCUCAAGGGCUUUUAUUGGUGGAAUGGUAAAGGUCGAACAUCAGAAACGCAGUGGCUUAUUACAAGAAAUAGAGAUCCCAAUGUGGAAAUGGGAAGUGAUUAAUAUGAAUUUCAUCACGGGAUUGCCUCGUUCUCAUCGCAAAUUCAAUUCUAUAUGGGUAAUCGUUAAUAGGUUAACCAAAUCAGCCCGUUUCUUGUUGGUAAGGACCACUUAUUUUGCUGAAGACUAUGCUAAAUUUUAUCAUAAGGAGAUUGUGUAUCUUCACGGCAUUCCUGUGUCCAUUAUUUCUGACAGGGGUGCUCAGUUUACGACAAAGUUCAAGAAAUCUUUUCAGGAAAGUCUUGGUACUCGAGUAAAUCUUAGUACGGCUUUCCAUCCGCAGUCAGACAGAAAGUGUAUAUCUCCUGCCGGAUGGUUUGAAGUUAGAGAAACAAGCUUGUUUGGGCCAUACCUCUUUCAUCAGGCUAUUGAAAAAGUGAAGCUUAUAGAGAUGUACGACGAUGAGAAUUGGAGUUUCAAGAUCAUCCGAAGGAUAGGACAAGUAGCUUAUGAAUUGGAGCUGCCAUCAGAACUGCAAGCAGUUCAUCUAGUUUUUCAUGUAUCCAUGCUGAGAAACUGUAUUGUAGAUCCCUCCAAAAUCAUACCUGUUGAUGAUAUACAAGUUAUAAAGAAUCUGACAUACGAGGAAGAACCAAUUGCCAUUCUUGACAGGCGGGUCUGCAGACUUAGGACCAAGGAUGUGGCGUCAGUAAAGGUUCUAUGGAGGAGCAAGGACAGGGAAGAGAUGACGUGGGAAGCUGAAGCGGAAAUGAAGUCCAAGUACUCUCCCUUAUUCCCUGCUAUAGACGAUGCUAUUCCAGAAGAAACCUUACAAGAGUUCGCUCCAUCAAUAAAUAACCUACAAGGUAAAAGUCAUACCUCAACUCCUUGA